AUGGCAAAUAACUCUUCAAGUACGAGUUUCRUUGCUGKAAGUACCAGUCCUGCUCUUUGCUUCCUCUCACAGAGAGAUCAUGAUCCCUAYAAUAUGACAAACCUUCCAGAUUCUGUCGAGCCGAUUCGCACCGUCCUUUCUGUUGUCAAUGGUGUAGCGUCUCCUCUAACAGUCGUUGUUAACACGUUGAUUGCUUGGUCUGUACUUGAAGAUGAAGAUCUUCGAUCAUCUUCUUUUAAUAUUUUACUGGUAGCUUUGGCAGUUACCGACUUUCUAGUGGGUUUGCUGGUUGAACCCAUCUUUUCGUAUCACCAGAGUUGUUUUGUGAACAAUUGUUAUUCGCCUUGUACAUUUACCGUUUACGUUUUGUCAGACUUGACCUUUAGUGGUCUUUCAGUUUUGACGUUAACUUUAGUGAGUUUAGAAAGAUACCUUGCUAUUGAACAUCCCAAUUUUUACCGUAAGAUGGUGACAGCAAAGAGAGUCAUGUUAGGAACGAUGAUUCUCUGGGCAGUAAGUUUAGCAAUGAUGAUGAGUGUCACCAUUUUGUUAAAAAAAAUCGAAAGCAAACCAUUUUUAUUUCAACCUAUGGUAUUCGCGGGUCUUAGCAACCUGGUCAUUUUAUACUGCUCUAUCAAAGUUCAAGUGACAGCUUACCGCCAGCGUAGAACCAUCGCCCUACAGCAAGAAUCAGUUCAGCAGCCCGACGAACAACAACGACAACAACAACGACUCAAAGAAUACAAGCGAGUGUUCAUGACGACCAUAUUAGUUAUCGUGUCGAUUCUCUUUUACGUUCCUUUCAUUAUAGUUGUAGUGAUACAAGCCGUCACAGGUAAAGAUGUCAUGAGAGAUUACCACGCCAUGGCUAUCUGUCUGACAUUACUUCAUCUCCARUCUCUUAUCAACCCAAUCCUCGUCUCACUGCGUCUAUCUUAUAUUCGAACAAGCAUAAAAAACAAACUAAUAAGUUGCUUUAGUUGCAACUGA